AUGGAUGCAGCAGUGGUCCACCAAGUGAGAGAUACCAUAGACCAGAAGAACCCUGAGUCAGGUAUUAUAGCCUGCACAUGCCUUUUGACUGCAAAUGCAUUCUACUCAUCAAGUAAUGUGAUAAAAUUAACUUCAAUAAAUUUCAAUUCUCAAGUUAUUCAGAGUGACAGACUUUGGCUAGUAAAAUUCUAUGUUCAUUGGUGCGAACAUUGUGAGCAGUUUGUUUCAGAAUGGAAUAAUGUAGCUACUGCUUUGAAGGGUAUUGUUAAAGUUGGUGCAAUAGAUGUGACUAAAUAUGCAUCAAUAGGCCAUCAAUAUGAAAUAGAAGAAUUUCCCACUAUCAAGUUCUUUGGGCCCAAUAAGAACAAGCCAGAAAAAUAUUAUGGAGGAAGGUCAAGUACAGCCAUUACCAAUGGAGUCCUUAAUUCAAUACGGUUCAUAGUAAAGGAGAGACUAAAUAAACAAGACAAUCUAUGUGGAUCUGGAGGACAGUGUAGACGAAUAAACAAUCAACAUGCGUUUGACUUGAACGAUAGCAACUUUGAUAAUCAAUUGGCGGGAGGUGAUGAAUUGUGGAUCGUAGAGUUCUAUGCACCUUGGUGUGAACAUUGUUUAAGUCUUGAACCUGAGUGGACUAAUGCAAUUAUUGAACUGACAAGACGGACUAAGGGAAAGGUCCAUCUUGCAGCUGUAGAUACUUCAGUAAAUGGAAUAUUAACCAGUCGAUAUGGGAUUCAACAAGUUCCAACGAUUAAGAUAUUUCAAACAUACAAUGAAACUGUUGACUAUAAAGGUGAAAUAACUAUGUCCGGCAUUAUUGCUGAAGGUCUUGAUUUGUAUGCUAAGAUGCCACUAUAUAAACCAUUUGAGCAAAUGCUCAGUGAAGAAGUCUUAAAGACAACUUGUAAUCAUCAACUAUUAUGUAUUAUUGCUGUGCUGCCCCAUAUUUCUGACACAGGGUCUAGUGGCAGAGCUGAUUAUUUGACCUUACUGGCGAAAAUAGGAAGCAAAUACAAAAAGAAAAAGUGGGGCUGGCUGUGGAUAGAAUCUGGUGAACAGACAGGACUAGAAAAUGCUUUGGGUAUUGGUGGCCUGAUGUACCCUACUAUAAUAGCCAUUGAUUCAAGGAAGAAAAAGAAGGUACUCUUGAGGGGUUCAUUCAGUGAACUUGGAAUAGCUGAAUUUUUUAGAAGACUCUCUAUAGGAAAUGUUUCAAGAACACCAAUAAGUGACGUUUUAUCCAAAACUAUAAGAGUGAAACACUGGACUGCCAAAAAGGGGGAUUUGGCCACAAAAGAGCCUAUUAUCCUAACUGGCCCAAGUUUUGAAGAAUUAGAAAACGAGGAGUUGUGA